ACAAUGAAAAAAAAGUUCUUUGUCCUCCGCUCGACAAGCUCCAGUGGUCCUGCCAGACUGGAGUACUACGACAACGAGAAAAAGUUCCAGUCCGGAUCUUUACCGAAACGUUCAAUCCAUUUAUACACCUGCUUCAACAUCAACAAGAAAAAGGACAGUCGGUCAGGCCGGUUUGGGAUAGUGCUGUACACGGUGCCUGACAGCUUCACUGUCCUGACCGAGACCCAGGCGGAGCAGGAGGCCUGGCUGGAUGUCAUGCUGGAGUAUCAGAAUGAGUACCUGCCCGACGGGGACGUGGGCAAGGAGCAUUAUGAGCAUGUCUGGCAGGUCACUAUGCAACCAAAAGGACUGGGUCAAGGCAAAGGUCUGAAGGGUCAGUACCGCAUGUGUCUCAACAGUACCACCAUCAGUCUCUUCAAGGUCAGCGCCAAACAGCCUCAGUUUUCUACACAG